GCUGUCGUGACCCGCGGCUUACAGUGAUCAGGCCACUUGCCCGAGUCGCCGGAGGCGCUGUCCACCCGAGGACCCGCCCUGGCUUUUCUGCACUGACCCUUCCCUCUCUCCUGCGAUCUCCGGGGCGGUGUGGACCAUUAAUCCUGAGCCUGCAGUGAACUUGGAAGGCGCCGAGGCACCGAGCGUCAGUACUCAGAGUGGGCUCGGUGGCUCUGCCGUCGUUUCGCAGAAAAGCCCCAACCUCCUGCCACCGCCAAGCUGGAACCAGUCAUCAAAUGCCCAUUAGGCAUCGGAACUUAGCCCUUCCCUUACUGUGUUUUGAGUGGAGCCUAGGGAGCAAAGGGACAAUGAUUUGGGGAAAGAUAAGAUGGAUGAUAAAGCAGUUUUUCAUGAGGAGUUUGUUCAUUACCUUAAAUAUGCUAUGGUGGUCUAUAAACGGGAACCAGCCGUGGAGAGGGUAAUAGAAUUCGCGGCAAAAUUUGUUACUUCAUUUCACCAGUCCAAUUUGGAAGAUGAUGAGGAAGAGGAAGAUGGUGGCAUUUUAAAUUAUUUGUUUACUUUUCUCUUAAAGUCUCAUGAAGCAAACAGCAAUGCAGUCAGAUUUAGAGUAUGCCAGCUCAUAAACAAGCUUUUGGGAAGUAUGCCAGAAAAUGCCCAGAUUGAUGAUGAUUUGUUUGAUAAAAUUAAUGAAGCCAUGCUUAUUAGAUUGAAAGAUAAAAUUCCAAAUGUGAGAAUACAAGCAGUCCUGGCUCUUUCACGACUUCAGGAUCCCAAGGAUGAUGAAUGUCCAGUGGUUAAAGCAUAUGCUACUUUGGUAGAAAAUGAUUCAAAUUCAGAAGUUAGGCGUGCAGUGUUAUCAUGCAUUGCACCCUCAGCAAAGACUUUGCCAAAAAUUGUGGGGCGCACCAAGGAUGUAAAAGAGUCUGUCAGAAAACUGGCUUAUCAGGUUUUAGCUGAAAAGGUUCAUAUGAGAGCAAUGUCCAUUGCUCAAAGAGUAAUGAUCCUUCAACAAGGUCUUAAUGACAGAUCGGAUGCUGUGAAACAAGCAAUCCAGAAACAUCUUCUCCGGGGCUGGUUACGUUUCACUGAAGGAAAUAUCUUGGAGUUGCUUCAUAGGUUGGAUGUGGAAAAUUCUUCUGAAGUGGCAGUGUCAGUUCUUAAUGCCUUAUUUUCAAUGACUCCUCUCAGUGAACUGGUGGAAAUCUGUAAAAACAAUGAUGGCAGGAAAUUGAUUCCAGUGGAAACAUUAACUCCUGAAAUAGCUUUGUAUUGGCGUGCUCUUUGUGAAUAUUUGAAAUUACAAGGGGAUCAAGGUGAAGAAUUUUUAGAGCAGAUUUUGCCAGAACCUGUUAUAUAUGCAGAAUAUUUACUGAGUUAUAUCCAGAGCAUUCCAGUAGUUACUGAAGAACAAAAAGGUGAUUUUUCUUACAUUGAAAAUUUGAUGACAAAAGAGUUCAUAGGUCAGCAAUUGAUUCUGAUUAUCAAGUCUUUGGAUACCAGUGAAGAAGGAGGAAGGAAACGACUGUUGGCUAUUUUGCAGGAGAUUCUUACUCUACCCACAACUCCUAUAUCCCUAAUUUCAUUUCUUGUGGAAAGACUUCUUCAUAUCAUUAUAGAUGAUAAUAAGAGAAUACAAAUUGUUACAGAAAUUAUCUCAGAGAUUCGAGCGCCUAUUGUAACUGUUGGUGUUAAUGUUGAUCCAUCUGAUGCAAGGAAGAAAGAAAUCAAGAUGGCUGAAAUAAAAGUUAAACUAAUUGAAGCAAAAGAAGCUUUGGACAAUUGCAUUACCUUACAAGAUUUUAAUCAGGCAUCAAAAUUAAAAGAAGAAGUAAAAGCAUUAGAAGAUGCCAAAAUAAACCUGUUGAAAGAGACAGAACAACUUGAAAUUAAAGAAGUCCACAUAGAGAAGAAUGAUGCUGAAACACUACAGAAAUGUCUUAUUUUAUGCUAUGAACUAUUGAAGCUGAUGUCCAUUUCAGCUGGCAUAGGUGCAACCAUGAAUGGAAUCAUUGAAUCUUUGAUUCUUCCUGGAAUAAUAAGUGUCCAUCCUAUAAUAAGAAAUCUGGCUGUUUUAUGCUUAGGAUGCUGUGGACUACAGAAUAAGGAUUUUGCAAGUAAACACUUUGUGUUACUAUUACAGGUUUUGCAAAUUGAUGAUGUCACAAUAAAAAUCAGUGCUUUAAAGGCAAUCUUUGACCAGCUGAUGACAUUUGGGAUUGAACCAUUUAAAACCAAAAAAGUCAACACCCUUCAAUGUGAAGAUGCAGACAUAAACUGUGAUGAUGAACAAGAAUCAACAGAAGUUGAGGAGACUGCUACAGCUAAAAAUGUUUUGAGACUCCUUUCUGAUUUCUUAGAUAGUGAGGUGUCUGAACUCAGGACAGGAGCUGCAGAAGGACUAGCCAAGCUGAUGUUCUCUGGGCUUUUGGUUAGCAGCAGGAUUCUUUCUCGUCUCAUUUUGUUGUGGUACAAUCCUGUGACAGAAGAUGAUGUUCGACUUCGACAUUGCCUGGGCGUUUUCUUCCCCAUAUUCGCUUAUGCAAGCAGGACAAAUCAGGAAUGCUUUGAAGAAGCCUUUCUUCCAACUCUUCAAACACUGGCCAAUGCCCCUGCAUCAUCUCCUUUAGCUGAAGUGGAUAUCACAAAUGUUGCAGAGUUGCUUGUAGACCUGACAAGACCAAGUGGAUUAAAUCCUCAGGCCAAGGAUUCCCAAGAUUAUCAGGCCUUAACGGUACAUGACAAUUUGGCUGUAAAAAUUUGCAAUGAAAUCUUAACAAAUCCAUGCUCACCAGAAACUCGGGUCUAUACAAAAGCUUUGAGUUCUUUAGAGCUCAGUAGCAACAUUGCAAAAGAUCUUCUGGUUCUGUUGAAUGAGAUUCUAGAGCAAGUAAAAGAUAGGACAUGUCUGAAAGCUUUGGAAAAAAUCAAGAUUCAUUUAGAAAAAGGAAAUAAAGAACUUGGUGAGCAAGCCAUAGCAGCACAGGAUGCCAACAUGACUACAGAUCUUUUUCAAGAUGAUGAUGAAAAGAAUAAAGAAGUAUAUAUGACUCCUCUCAGGAAUGUUAAAGCAACCCAGGCAUCAAAAUCCACUCAACAAAAGUCUAAUAGAGGACGGAGAAAAGUGUCAGAUUCAACUAGGACCAACAGGAGACGCCAGAUUACUGAGACUGACUCUGAAAGUGAUCAUGAAAUUCCAGAACCAGAAUCAGAAAUGAGGAUGAGAUUACCAAGACAAGCCAAAACAGCAGCCCUGGAAAAAAGUAAACUAAACCUUGCACCGUUUCUCAAUAAAGAUGUAAGUUAGGAGAGAUGAUGGAGGUGGACUCCUUUUAAAGUUAUGUUCAUUUUUGCUUUAAUAAAGUUGUCCUUGUGUCAAAAUCAGAAAAA